AUGGGUUCGUUAAAGCGCAAAGAGGGCCCCGACGGCUCUGCCUCCAAGUCGGCAAAGCCUACAAAUGAUACGCGACCCUCCAAAAGGGCGAAAGGAAGCGAUUCAACCAAGGACUCCAACAAGAAGGGCGACGCAAAACCAUCAAAGCCGUCUACCCCAGCAACAUCUCUGAUCAAGGAGGAAGAGCCAUUGUUUCCCAGAGGUGGCGCCAGUGUCUUGACCCCCCUCGAACAAAAGCAAAUUCAGAUCCAGGCCAAGAACGAUGUCCUCUUCGAAGAGGCUGCCAGCAAGAAAUCUGGAGGAGAGAAAUCCAAGAAGAAGAAGGCACGCAAGUCCAAGGGUGGAGAGGUAGAACCUGUAAAAGACGAGGAUGCCAUCAAGGUAGAAAGCUUGAACUUCAAGCGCUUGGUCAAGGGCUCCCUGGUGCUCGGUACAGUCUGCGGCAUCAACCUCACCGAUGUUGCCGUUGCGCUUCCCAACAACCUCGUCGGCCACGUUCCAAUUACGGCUAUUUCAGAUAUCUUUACACAAAGGUUACAGGCAAUCGCCGAGAAGGACGAGGAGGAGGAUCAAGCAGACGAGGACGACGAGAACAUCGACCUCCAAACUAUCUUCCGAAUGGGCCAGUAUGUUCGCGCCUACGUUGUAUCAACACACGAUGAUUCGGUCGACGGAAAGCCCAAGCGCCACAUUGAGCUAUCACUCCAGCCGGCGCUCGCCAACUCUGGCAUGUCAGAGCAGGAUAUCGUCGAGAACACUACUCUUAUGGCUUCGGUUGUUAGUGUGGAGGAUCAUGGUUUUGUUAUGGAUGUCAACAUCUCAGACUCAAAAUUGAAGGGCUUUUUGCCUCGGAAACAACUCGACAAGGGCAUUCCGGAAGAAAGUGUUCAGCCUGGCUCAGUUCUGCUUUGUAUUGCGACCAGCAAAGCUGCCAGCGGCAAGGUUGUACAGCUUUCCACCUUGGAGGACCGCAUCGGCAGCAUCAAAAGCUUCCCAUCCGAGGCCACGACUAUCGACUCGUUCCUACCAGGCACCGCGGCCGAUAUCCUGGUUUCCGAAGUCACCGAGCACGGCCUUGUGGGCAAGGUGAUGGGUCAUUUGGAUGUGACUGCUGAUCUGGUUCACUCAAACGCUGGCCCUGGUGCCGUUGACAUUGUGGACGAGUACAAGGUUGGCUCGCGGAUCAAGGCGAGGAUCAUCUGCAAUUUCCCCACCGCAAGAAAGCCCAAACUCGGCAUUUCCCUGCUGCCACACGUGCUGUCACUUAAACCGAAAAUCGCCAAAACCAAGAACGGCAUCGAAUCAUUGCCAGUGGACAUUCUCGCCCAUUCUACCAUCAUUGAAAAGUGCACUGUUCAAAGGGUUGAGCCCGAAAUUGGCCUCUAUGUCGAUGUUGGUGUCGAGGGUGUACCAGGCUUCGUGCACAUCUCCAGAGUGAAGGAUGGCAAGGUGGACUCGCUGUUCGAGACCAGCGGCCCUUACAAGGUUGGGUCCGUCCACGCUGCUCGUGUAGUUGGCUACAAUCCUUUCGAUGGCAUGUACAACCUGUCGAUGGAGAAGAGUGUCUUGGAGCAGCCAUUCUUGAGAAUACAAGACAUCCCCGUGGGAGUGGUGGUGCCGGGUGUGGUUGAAAAGUUGGUCGUCAACGAGCAUGGGCUUGGCGGUUUGAUCGUGAAGGUUGCCGAGGGUAUUUCCGGUCUGGUUCCUGAAAUGCAUCUUUCCGAUGUCCAUCUGCAGCACCCCGAGAAGAAAUUCAGGGAAGGAAUGAAGGUCAAGACCCGUGUCCUGUCAACCAACCCAGCAAGACAUCAGCUGCGGCUUACCUUGAAGAAGACACUGGUGAACUCCGAUGCUCCUCCGGUCAAGUCAUACGACGAGCUUGCCGUCGGGCUUCAGACGUUCGGUACCAUUGUUAAGCUUCUGGAUCGGGGUGCUAUCGUUCAGUUUUACGGACAGCUUCGUGGUUUCCUUCCGGUGUCUGAGAUGAGCGAGGCCUACAUCCAGGAUCCCAAGGAGCAUUUCCGUGAGGGCCAGACUAUUAGUGUUUACGUCCUCAGCUUUGACCCUGAGGAAAAGAGAAUGAUUGUGUCCUGCAAGGACCCAUCAGCCUUUGGUUUGGAGAAGCAGGUUGCACUGAAGAAGCUCCAAAUUGGCAACUUGGUUACCGCCAAGGUCACACAAAAGACAGAAGAUGAUAUCUUUGUCGAGCUCGUCGAGGGCUCGUUGAAGGCCAUCCUCCCUGUCAGACACCUCACCGACAAGUCGGUCAGCAAAACACAGUCUGCGCUCAAGAAGAUCCACGUCAAUCAGACUCUUACGGAACUGGUUGUUCUUGAAAAGAACGAAGCUCGUCGGUCCAUCAUCCUCUCUCACAAGCCAAGCCUUGUCGAAGCGGCGAAGAAGGGCAAGCUUCUUCACACAAUUGACCGGGCACGUGUGGGUGACGUUGUACCUGGCUUCAUUCGCAACAUCACUGCCACGGCCGCCUUCGUCCAGUUUGCUGGCAGGCUGACAGCGCUGCUCCCCAAGACCAAGCUGCCACGCGAUAUCCAGGAUAAGCCAAGCUUUGGCUUCCAAAAGCUGCAGUCUGUCACUGUCAAGAUCACAUCGGUCGACAAGGAUCUUAACCGUAUCGUUGUUGCUAUCCCAUCGGAGGGUGGUGAAGACGUUCAGGCAAAGGCCUCUAGCAAGUCGGCCGACAAGGCUAUGAAUGCCCUGGAUCUGUCGGUCUUGACUAUGGAAGAUCUCCCGAUUGGCAAGAUCACUAAGGCGAGGGUAAAGUCUGCCAAGGAUACACAGAUCAAUGUUGACCUUGCCGACAACAUCCAAGGCCGUAUCGAUGUUUCGCAGGUCUUUGACAAGUUCGAGGACAUUCGCAGCGUGAAGAAGCCUUUGGGCAAGUUCAAGACUGGCGAUAUCAUCGACGUGCGUGUUCUUGGUAUUCAUGACGCUCGCAACCACCGUUUCUUGCCCAUUUCUCACCGCUCAAGCCACACGGUCCUGGAGCUCUCGGCCAAGCCAAGUGAUCUUCAAGAAGGCUCUACCCCAGAGCCUCUGAGCUACGCGAAGCUUGAGGUGGGGCAAACUCAUCUGGCGUUUGUCAACAAUGUCGCUCAGAAUCACAUCUGGGUCAACCUGUCACCUAAUGUUCGCGGCAGAAUCAGCGCCGUUGAGCUUUCCGAUGACUUGUCAAAAUUGCAGGAUGUGGCGAAGAGUUUCCCUAUCGGCUCUGUCCUCCAAGUCCGUGUCAUCCACGUGGACGCAGAGAGGAACCGUCUCGACCUCUCGGCUCGCGAUCCCAAUGCAGAGAACCCGUUGACCUGGGACAAGAUCCAGAAGGGCAUGGUGCUUCCUGGAAAGGUCACCAAGACUACCGACAACGUCGUGUUUGUUAAGCUCAGCGAGUCUGUGGCUGGACCUGUUUUCUUGUGCGAUCUUGCGGAUGAUUACGAGGAAGCCAACCCUCUGAAGCAUUCCAAGCACGAAAUUGUCCGUGUCGCCGUGCUCGAUAUCGACAAGAGCAACAAGAGACUGAGAUUGUCGAUGCGCCCCUCUCGCGUGCUCAGCUCAAGACUCGAGGUUACAGACAAGGAGAUCACUAAGGACACCAAGAUCGCUGUGGGCGAUGUCCUUCGUGGGUUCGUCAAGAAUGUGUCUGACAAGGGUCUCUUUGUUACGCUUGGUGGUGACAUUGUGGCUAUGGUCCAGAUCAAGAACUUAUCAGACUCUUACCUGAAGGACUGGAAGGAGCACUUCCAGAUUGACCAGCUUGUCAAGGGCCGUAUCAUUUCUGUAAGCAACGGUCGCCUGGAGAUGAGCUUGAGGCCUUCCAUCCUGAGCAAAGACUAUGUGCCCCCAAUCACAUUCUCGGACCUGAAGGAAGGUCAAAUCGUGACGGGCAAGGUCCGCAAGGUGGAGGACUUUGGUGCUUUUAUCGACAUUGAUGGUUCUGAUCGUCUCUCCGGUUUGUGCCACCGCUCUGAAAUGGCCGACAGAGCGAUCAAGGACGCCAAGGCGCUCUACAGUGAGGGUGACAAGGUCAAGGCUCGUGUUCUCAAGGUGGAGGAGAAGACAAAGCGCAUCAACCUCGGCCUGAAGCCGUCGUACUUUAAGGACGACGAUGAGAUGGACGUGGAUAGCGAUGAAGAUGCUGGUGCCGCCUUGGACAGCGAGGAUGAAGACAUGAGCGAUGCUGGUGCUGGCGGCGCCCUCGUUAUCAAUGCUGACUCUGACGAUGAGGAUGAUGAUGAUGACGCUGACAGCAACGUCGAGAUGGAUGAUGCCCAAACAGAAGGCGUCAAGGGUCUCGAGACCGGCGGCUUCAGCUGGAAUGCCGAUGCUUUGGAUGAAGAUGACAAGGCCGCUGGCAGCACUGAUGAGCCGAUCAAGAAAAAGAAGCAGCAGCAGCAGCGUGAGUCUCGGGCCCAGGUCGACCGGACAGCCGAGCUUGAUGUCAACGGGCCUCAGACGACGAGUGAUUACGAGCGUCUCCUUCUGGGUCAGCCUGAUUCGUCAGAGCUGUGGAUUGCCUACAUGGCUUUCCAGAUGCAAGUCAGCGAUCUUGCCAGCGCGAGACAGGUGGCUGAGCGUGCGAUCAAGACGAUCAACAUCAAGGAGGAGCUUGAGAAGCUGAACGUCUGGAUUGCUUACCUCAAUCUCGAGGUUGCCUAUGGCACAGAAGAGACUGUUGAGGAGCUUUUCAAGCGUGCCUGCACCUACAACGAUGAGCAAGAAGUCUAUGAGCGUCUGGCCAGCAGUUACAUUCAGUCUGGCAAGCUCAAGGAAGCAGAUGACCUCUUUGAGAAGAUCAUCAAAAAGUUCGGCUCCAAGUCCCCCAGCGUCUGGAUCAACUAUGCCCAUUUCCUCCACACCAAGUAUGACCGUCCCGACAAGGCCCGUGCCCUUCUUCCCCGCGCCGAAAAGUCGCUGGGAGGCGGGAAGCCCGUCAUUCUGGAGUUGAUGCCCAAGUUUGCCGCGCUCGAGUUCCGCUCUUCCAACGGUGACCGCGAACAGGGUCGCUCACUGUUUGAGACCAUUCUCGCCGCCUUCCCCAAGAGAUUCGACUUGUGGAACCAGUUUGUCGACCUUGAGACCUCGGUCGGCACUAGUGAUCCCGCCACUGUCCGUGAUUUGUUUGAUCGCGGCAGCAAGGUUAAGGGUCUCAAGCCCAAGCAGGCCAAGACUUGGUUCAAGAGGUGGGCGCAGUGGGAGGAUAAGAAUGGGGAUAAGAAGAGCAGGGAGAGGGUUAGCGCCAAGGCGCAGGAGUGGGCUAAGAAGGCGGCUGAGAAGAAGGGGAAGGUUGUUGAGGAGGAGGAGGAGGAGAGCGAUGAUGAUGAGUAG